GCCUCCGUCGCGAUAUUAAUCAUUUCCCGAACCCAAUCUCAUUGUGUAAACCCUAACCCUAGCGCUCUCGCUUUCGUGCUCUCCUUCGCCAUGGCCAACAAAAAGCGAAAGCUUACCUCGCCCGCUGUCGCCGAAGCACCCGCCGAAGCACCUGCCGAAGAGCCUAAAGAGGGUAAGUCUCAAGAAGAGGAGAAUCAGCCCCCUACCGAGGCCAACUCUGAGCUUCCGAUCGAUGAGAAUUUCCAUCCCGAUGCCCCCUCCACCGACCUUGGAGAAGCAGCUGCGGAGGCCGAAAACGGAGUCGACGAGGACGAGGACGAGAACGACAGAGACCCGAAUACGAUCCAGCAGCUCUUAGAGCCUUUCACCAAAGACCACCUCAUCGAGCUACUCCGCGAUGCGGCCGUGAAGCAUCCUGACGUGCUGGCAGAGAUACAUCGCAUAGUCGACUGCGAUCCUGUCCACCGCAAGGUAUUUGUCCACGGCCUCGGUUGGGAUACGAACGCCGAAGUUCUCACUGCUGCUUUUCGCCAGUAUGGCGAGAUCGAGGACUGCAAUGCGGUCAUAGACAGGGCAACUGGCAAGUCCAAGGGUUACGGAUUCAUAUUAUUUAAGCAUCGUGCUGGUGCACGUCGCUCACUUCAGGAGCCCCAGAAGAAAAUUGGCAACAGGAUCACUUCUUGUCAGCUUGCCUCAAUUGGCCCUGUGCCACCACCUGCUCCUCCUGUAUCAGAGUACACUCAAAGGAAAAUAUUUGUUAGCAACGUUGGGGCAGAGCUUGACCCCCAGAAACUGGUUCAGUUCUUUUCUAAGUAUGGGGAGAUAGAGGAGGGACCGCUAGGCCUGGAUAAGGUGUCUGGGAAGCCAAAGGGUUUUGCGUUGUUUGUUUACAAGACCGUUGAGAGUGCUAAGAAAGCAUUGGAGGAACCGCACAAGAACUUCGAGGGUCACAUACUGCAUUGCCAGAAGGCAAUCGAUGGGCCGAAGCCAAACAAGCCAGGAUUCCAUUUUCAAAGUCCCGUAGCUCACCAUAUUGGCCUGCAUCAUGUUGCUGGUGGAAUACAUGGGGCACAUAUCCCACGGAACCACAAUCCCUCUCUUUUUGGAGGGGUUGGAAGUCAUCUCUCAAGUGCUACAAGUGCUGGGCACCUCAUGGCCCCUUCAGGUGCUGGACACCUUAUGGCCCCUUCAGGUGCUGGAGUGGGGUUCAACCCGGAUGCUCAACCAGCUGCUGCAGUGGCUGCCGGGUUAAAUCCUGUGUUAGGGCAAGCUUUGACUGCGUUACUUGCGAAUCAAGGAUCUGGGUUGGGCUUGACAAACAUCUUGGGAAACUUGGGGUCUGGUGGGGUGGCUGGAACUCCUGGGGCAUUGUCAAAUAGUUCUGCACAUGGUUUGCUUGGUGGUGGCUAUGGUGGUGGUGGUGCUGUUGGGAACUUGAAUGCUGGGAUGAUGGGAGGUCAUAACUCGCAGGCAUAUGGGCAGGGUGGCUAUGGGACUCCAUCAACUGGACAGGGAGGAGCUGGUAGGAGCCAAACAGGACUUGGGCAAAUGGGCAACCUAGGCCAUUACAUUGGUCAUUAGGUAAUCCCAGGAUAUGAUUGCGUAUAAUAGACCCGAUGUGGUACGACUCUUAUCUGGACCCUGCAUAGGCAGAAGUUCUGCGUACCAGGUUAUCCUUUAUCAAGCUUAAACUUUGUGCUUGUAUCUAUGCUCCUAGAAAAACAUAAACAAGGAUGAAUGAUAGAGAUUGAUUAGGAGAGAAAAUGUUUUCUGCAAUGUACAUUGGACUAUGAGCAAUACAUGCUAGGUAUGGUUCUUCUGUAAAUACACUAGUGAAUUACAGUGCCUGUGCUGUGAAAACUAUAAUACAUGAAGCACAUACUUGUUCCAGAUAGAAUUUAUUGAACACAACAUUUGUUUUUUUUUCUCUUUUCCUUAUAUUAGGAAUAAACAGUAAAAGAAAUGUAAUUCAUCUUAGGUUAAGCAAGUACUUUGUCUUUUUAACUUCAAUCAAAUUGUUCAAUCAGAAAUAUAAUUGUUAAAAUUUAAAUUGGGUUAUCUUUGUUAUGUAUACUGAUUAGGUGGUCUGCAGUUGAUAGGUUAUAGUUCAUUGGAUGGCCUGAUAUUUGCUAUCUUCAAAUAGCUUUGCAUAUGCAUAUUCUAUUGUGACUGCAGAAAUCUAAAAUUAGUUGGUGGAACAUUACGUGUACCCAAUAUGACUUGUGUAUAUUUUUAAUCAAAUAUUGGUAUUAUCAAAACUACCAUGCAUAAGAAGUAGCAUUACAUCUUCCUUCCUGUUGAAGAAUUUUUGUCCAACAAUCACUUAGCUGGUUUGAUUUUUUCACCUUAAGUUUUGGGUUUCUAUAUUUGGUUUACAUAAUUAGUAGUUUGCAAAAUUGAAAUCCGCAAAAAAUCAUAUAAUUUUUGGAUUACAAAGGUUUUGUGUAUUAAAAGUACCUUUUACGACCGUGGCCUUUGAGUUUUGAGUAGAAUUUUUAAUGUUGUAAUAAAAGUUUCAUGCAACCUCUUCUAUUUUUCUUGCACUGAAUAUUUGAAACGUUGUGUCAAUUCAACUUUCGGACAUUGUUUUUGCUUUAACUUUGUUUUGAUCUCUGAACUUGAAUGUCUAGUUUAUCCUGGCGGCAAAAUUUUCUAUUAUGCAAAGGUUUUCACACUUUUAACA